AUGGAUGUAGCCUACGAUCACGUUCAAGAGAAGAAUUUCCCAGAAGAUGCUAAGAAGAGUGAUAAAGGCGAGAAGACCACAGAUCCCGACCAUCCUGAUGAGGCCACCGUGCCCAAGCCAACAUUGAAUUCCGAGUUCCAAGAAGCCUACAAAUCCAUAUCAAGCACGCCCUGGGGAGCAAAGCUCGGUGGCUUCUUCAGCGAUGUCAGGAAGCAGAGCUCUACAUUCUACGAAGAAGCACGACAAGAAGCCACCGCCGUCUCAGGAGAAGCAGUGAAAGGCUUCCAAGACCUCCGCUCCACACUAGCCGUCCGGGCACGUAGCCUCAGUGGGGCCGACAACACCCUCAACGCUACUAAGAGUGCCCCCAAAGAAGGAGAGCAAGAUCAAGGAACUGCCGAGAGCACAGGCGCAGAAGACGGCGAUACCCCAAAAGACACAACCGAAGAAGGCCUUAAUUGGCAACGUUUCCGCUCUGAAGCAGCCAAACGGCUCAAAGACCUUGAAAAAGCCGAAGAAGCAGCCGACGCCGCCAUCUUUCGCUUUGGCAAAAACCUCGGCUCCUUCCUCAAAGACGCCGUCACUAUCUCUGCCCCCUCAGACGAAGACUCUGGCAAAUCCAAAGUUCUCUUCGAGAGUAAAGGUGCGGAUGGGAAGAGAGUCAUUCACUCCACGCGCCUCGAGGCACAGUUACACGCGAUUCAUUCCUCAGCAGAGAAGUUCCUCGCAGAUCCAGAGGAGGUGAAUGAUGGGGAGUGGGCGAAGUGGAAAGAGGAAUUUAGCGUAGAAAAGAAAACCAAUGAGAUUGCGAGGGACUUGGAGAGGUAUCAGGAGCUGAAGGUCACGCACUCGAAGAUUGUGCCGGAAAAGGUCGAGUACGCGGACUUUUGGCGGCGGUAUUACUUUCUGAGGAUGUUGUUGGAGAGGGAGGAGCUGCGGAGGAGGGAGGUGUUAAAAGGCGCCACCCUCCCCACCUCCGAAGAACCCUCCUGGGACGACGACUCCGACUCCGACUCUUCACCUACCCCCCAACAACCUUCACAGCUCCCGUCUACCCCUCCCACUACGUCUACAGACCCCAACGCCUCCUCAGAGACCCCACAACAACCCGCUCGCAACGCCUCUCCCGCCUCCCUAAAGACAAUCCAUCCGGCACCAGACUCAGAUUCCCAUCUAAAGCCUUCAGAGCCAAGACGGUCACAGGAUGAGAAAUCCCAGGCGGACUCAGACGCGAGCUAUGAUCUUGUCAGCGGGGCUACCAGUCGCACGCCCGGGAGUCCGCGGGAGAAGAGGGAGGAUGAGGAAGAGGAUUGGGAGUGA